AUGCGUCCCAGGGGUGUCAGGAACCUCUUGCUGCUGGCGUCCUCUUUGCUCUUUGUUGGGCUCUCUGCUGUUCCUCAGGGCUUCUCUCCUUCUCUGAGAAGCUGGUCGGGCGCCCCCUGCAGGCUGUCCCGGGCCGAGUCGGAGCGCAGGUGCCGCGCCCCUGGGCAGCCCCCAGGGGGUGCGCUGUGCCAUGGCCGCGGCCACUGCGAGUGUGGAGUCUGCAUCUGUCACGUGACCCAGCCAGGUACCUACUUUGGGCCACUGUGCGAGUGCCACGAGUGGGUGUGCCAGACCUACGACGGGAACACCUGUGCAGGCCAUGGCACGUGUGACUGUGGCAGAUGCAAAUGUGACGUAGGAUGGUCUGGGGACGCAUGCCAGUACCCGACGAAUUGUGAGCUGACAAGGAAGAGAAGCAACCAAAUGUGCAAGAAUUCUCAAGACAUCAUCUGCUCAAAUGCAGGUACAUGUCACUGUGGCAGAUGUAAGUGUGACGAUUCAGAUGGAAAUGGACUGGUUUAUGGUAAAUUUUGCGAAUGUGAUGAUAGAGAAUGCAUAGAUGAUGAAACAGAAGAAAUUUGUGGAGGCCACGGGAAGUGUUACUGUGGAAACUGUUACUGCGAGGCUGGUUGGCAUGGAGAUAAAUGCGAAUUCCAGUGCGACAUCACCCCCUGGGAAAGCAAGCGAAGAUGCACAUCUCCAGAUGGCCAAAUCUGCAGCAACAGAGGGACUUGUGUGUGUGGCGAAUGUUCUUGCCAUGACGUGGAUCCCACAGGGGACUGGGGUGACAUUCAUGGGGACACUUGUGAGUGUGAUGAGAGGGAUUGCAGACCUGUCUAUGACCGAUAUUCUGAUGACUUCUGUUCAGGUCACGGGCAGUGCAACUGUGGAAGAUGUGACUGCAAAGCCGGCUGGUACGGGAAGAAGUGUGAGCAUCCACGAUCCUGCCCACUCUCUGCGGAGGAAAGUUCCAGAAAGUGUCAGGGGACCUCUGAGCUGCCUUGUUCUGGAAGGGGCAAAUGUGAAUGUGGCAAAUGCACUUGCUACCCCCCUGGAGACAGCAGAGUCUACGGGAAGACCUGCGAAUGUGACGACCGGCGCUGUGAAGACCUGGAGGGCGUGGUGUGUGCAGGCCAUGGCACGUGCUCCUGUGGUCGUUGUGUUUGUGAGCGAGGGUGGUUCGGAGCACACUGCCAACAUCCGAGGAAAUGUAACAUGACAGAAGAGCAAAGCAGGAGCCUGUGUGAAUCGGCAGAUGGCAUAUUGUGCUCUGGGAAGGGUUCUUGUCACUGUGGAAAGUGCAUUUGUUCUGCAGAAGAAUGGUACAUUUCAGGGGAAUUCUGUGACUGCGAUGACAGAGAUUGCGACAAACACGAUGGUCUCAUUUGCACAGGGAAUGGAAUAUGUAGCUGUGGAAACUGUGAAUGCUGGGAUGGAUGGAAUGGAAAUGCAUGUGAAAUCUGGCUUGGCACAGAAUAUCCUUAA